AUGGACGAGCCCCUGAGCCUGCUGCGCUCUCCGGCCGCCCCGUCCUCCGGCAGGCACGGCGGCGGCGGCGGCGGCGGCGGCGGCAUAGUGGGGAGCAGCCACCACAACCUGGGCUACAGCGAGCAGCUCUUCCCCGAGGGCGCCCUCGCCGGCCCUCAGCACAGGCAGGAGGACGAAGAGGAGGAGGAGGAGGAGGGGGAGCUGGAGCGGGGCAUGACGGGGGUGGGAGGAGAAGACCCUCUGCUCGAAGAGUCCCAGCACCCCCACGCCCUGCUGGGAGGGGAGCGCUAUGACCACCCCAUGGCGCACACCUUACCUCCCCCUGCGCAUCACCAAGUGGGCAGCGGUGGCGAUGGAGAGCACGAGUGUUGCGAGCGAGUGGUGAUCAAUAUCUCCGGUCUCCGCUUUGAGACCCAACUCAAGACACUUGCCCAGUUCCCUGAGACACUGCUGGGGGACCCCCGCAAGAGGAUGCGGUACUUUGACCCCCUUCGAAAUGAAUAUUUCUUUGACCGCAAUCGCCCCAGCUUCGAUGCCAUCCUCUACUACUACCAGUCUGGAGGCCGUAUCCGGCGCCCUGUCAAUGUACCCAUUGACAUCUUCUCAGAAGAGAUUCGUUUCUAUCAACUGGGAGAGGAAGCUAUGGAAAAAUUCCGAGAAGACGAAGGUUUCAUUCGCGAGGAGCAGAGACCUCUACCUGAAAAGGAGUUCCAGCGCCAGGUGUGGCUCCUCUUUGAGUACCCAGAGAGUUCUGGACCAGCCCGGGGCAUUGCUAUUGUAUCAGUACUGGUUAUCCUCAUCUCCAUUGUUAUUUUCUGCCUUGAAACCUUGCCUGAGUUCAGAGAUGACCGUGACUAUGAAGCUACCGUUGGGACUGGUGGUGGUCCUUUUGUGGCAGAUAUCUUCACAAAUUCUUCUUCCUCAACAGCCUCCAUGGUGUCAUCUUUCACCGAUCCCUUUUUUGUGGUUGAGACUUUGUGCAUUAUCUGGUUCUCUUUUGAGUUGCUUGUCCGCUUCUUUGCCUGUCCCAGUAAGCCCACUUUCUCUAAGAACAUUAUGAACAUAAUUGACAUUGUGGCUAUUAUACCUUAUUUCAUCACUCUGGGGACUGAGUUGGCUGAGAGGCAGGGGAAUGGCCAACAGGCGAUGUCCCUGGCCAUUCUCAGAGUCAUUCGACUUGUCAGAGUCUUCCGGAUAUUCAAGCUUUCUCGGCACUCCAAGGGACUGCAGAUCUUGGGGCAAACUCUCAAGGCCAGCAUGAGGGAGCUGGGCUUGCUUAUUUUCUUCCUCUUCAUUGGAGUUAUCCUAUUUUCUAGUGCGGUCUACUUUGCAGAGGCUGACGAUCCCACCUCAAGUUUCAGCAGUAUUCCUGAUGCCUUUUGGUGGGCUGUAGUGACUAUGACUACAGUGGGUUAUGGGGACAUGCACCCAGUCACUAUUGGAGGCAAAAUAGUUGGGUCUCUCUGUGCCAUAGCUGGGGUGCUGACCAUUGCUUUGCCAGUGCCCGUCAUAGUAUCCAACUUCAACUACUUUUAUCACCGGGAAACAGAAGGUGAAGAACAAGCCCAAUACAUGCAUGUAGGAAGCUGCCAGCACCUCUCCUCCACUGAGGAACUGAGGAAAGCUCGUAGCAAUUCCACAUUCAGCAAGUCAGAGUACAUGGUGAUAGAAGAGGGAGGCAUCAGUAACAGUGCAUUCAAACAGGCUGCUUUUAAAACAGGCAAUUGCACAGCCACAAACAAUCCCAACUGUGUGAACAUUAAGAAGAUUUUUACAGAUGUUUAA